AAGCCUAAAAGACAAACGAAGAUGAAAUUUAAUCACGUGCUCUGGACCUCUGAUGCUAUAGUGGCGUGAGAAGGAUCAUAAAAUGGCAGCGCGUGUCGUGGAGACGGCAUGGGCAUGAGCAUGGGCAUGAGCACGAGGAUGGGCUCCCGGCUGCUAAUUGCAUCUGCGCUGGCGCUGGCGGUGGCGUGGACGGGGGCUGACCGCUGUGGAGGCGGAAGCAAGGGAGGCAGAGCAAAGAUCACAGUUGACGUCACCAGUCGUCGCAACGCCACUGGCCACCGACUCGUCAAGGCAGAUCUCGUUGCUCGUGAAGACAACUUGGGAAAUGGAGCUGUCAACUUCCGAGUGGAACAAGAUGUCUUUGUAAUUGGCGUCGUGCGAUAUGUUCGCUUAACGGCUUCUACAAACACAUUGGACCAAAGGGUGCCUCCACCGGGGUACGAGAUGGUGCCUGGUGUGGGCUGGUACCGUCUGCAUCUGACGCCGCUCACGUGGGAGGAGGCGCGCCUGGCGUGCGAGGCAGAGGGCGCGCACCUCGCUGUCCUCAACUCCCAGGAAGAAGCCGCCGCCCUCAAGGGGAUCUUCGCAAGGGCUCCUGCAACCAUUCCUCAGGCGGCGUGGGCUAAUUUUGCUUACAUAGGUUUCUCCGACGCCACGGAAGGACAUUAUAUUACAAUUUUUGGACAGACUCUCGAAGAAUCCGGAUAUGCUGAAUGGAUAACAAAUCAGCCUGAUAAUGCCAAAUCCUCCACAGAUCCAGAUUCGGACUGCGGUGGUAUUGUCAGACAGAAUGAACAUCGUCACGUAAAGGUUCUUUUCAGUAUUCCUCAGGCUGUGCAAUCAACGAUAAGAAAAACUGGCGAUGUUCGACUCGAUGUACAACAAAAGAUACAUACUGUUGAAAACAGGAAACAUGUGGAACUUUCAUCAUUCGUUGGUAAGAAGAAAACGUAUUGACUCAGAGCUCAUUGAAAUGACCUUCAAUACAAGAGAAUAAAUGGAGAUGUUAGAAUCCUUUGAUUAAAUUAAAUGAAUAAAACUAGAAUAAUAGUAUUUACUUCGUGAAAAUUAUUUGCUUCGUGAGUUGAAUACUACGAGUACAAUCCUGAACAAUUUCGUUAAUUUUUGUAGUCCUUCGGAAGUGUUGUCAAAAACACUACAUUUUUCAAAAGACAAAAGAAUUUAACUAACUCAUGAUCAAGUCUUAAGAUUUAUCCAAUUAAAUUUUGAUAUAAAAACUUUACAACCACAUAAUACUAUUUUUACCUAUUUAAAAA